CCCCCGCUCAAAACUCCUUCUCUCAGUUUCACAACAUCUCAAGAAGUUGACUUAAUCUUUCAACACAAGGAGAGGGAGGAACCAAAUACAAUGUUGGUAUUACCAGUUUUGUUCCUGCUGAGGGCGCUGUUGCUCUCUGGUCACGUGGAGGCCCAGUCCAGCACUCUGGAGAUAAUGAAGCUGGCGUCAAUGUCAUUGACGGAACCUCUAACUUGUGACAAGUGGGACUGUGACUGUACUUUCAAUCGCCAGCGUAGCUGCUGUUGUGGAGCCAAUGAAAUGUACCAACUCGAGGACAGCAUCUAUGAAAGGAUUAAAAAUUUGUGGCAGGGUGUUAGCACACUCAAGUACAGUGUAAUGGAUCUCUCAGGUGGCUAUAAGAUUGCCUUCAAAGCCACAAUGGACCCUAAUAACAUUGAUGGAUCUUUGAAAGGUUGCUUUGGUAUAUUCACUUCUAAUGUGCCAAUCCCAUACACCUCCAUCUCACUUAAUGAUGGCAACGGAUAUAACCCCACCCUAGGUGCUUUUACUGCUCCUCGUGCGGGUGUCUACCUUUUUUCCGCCACAGUCUACUCAUCCGUGGAAAAGGACGGGCGCCUCUACCACAAAGUCCAGAUGAUGCUGAAUAAUAUAGUGGUGGCCAGUGUAUGGGAGGAUAAUCGAGAGGAUACUGAAGACAGUGCCACUCAGGUAGCGGUACUGGAACUUAAGAGAGGUGACCAAGUCUAUAUGGAACUGAUGUUUGGCAGGAAGCUCUGUAACCACCUGCAGCACAAUACGUUUACUGGUUUUAUGCUGUACCCUGAAACUAAUGAGUAAUGUACCAGCUGGACAUACUCGCUAAUUAAGCUUCCCCACUACAGUACAUGACCAUUAAAGACUCCACGCUGGUCCUCCAGAAGUAGGUUUGUGACCAAUCACUGGACAAGCGCAGUAGAUUCAAUAGGACUAAUAAGUGCACAUGGACUUGUGUGUAUAUAUGUGGGCAUUGCUAAUGAAACACAAAUGGGUGCAGAAUUAUACUUUUGCAUGGCAUGAAAUAAAAAGUGACAUGUUUGAACACAUUUGCAUUAUUAAAGCUAUUACAAUAAACUGCCAAUAAAAAUUCAUUACAAAGUCA